AAAUCGGAAAAGGCAUUCAAGUUGUGCAGAAUUUGGAGACGUCAAACUGAAAAUGAGACCUCCGAAUGUCAAGGAGCAGUUUAUGAUCACAGCAGAUGUGGUCAUCCCAACAUUGUGGACCUUGUCCAUCACUCUCUUGUACUUAAAAGGCAAAUUAAGCAAAGCCGUACUCUUGGGACAUUUCACCGGGAGUUUGAUAGGAUGCACCUGGGAACUCACUUGGAAGAUAUUGGGAGAUGAUUUCCUGAAAGAUUCCACUGAUUUUGUGAACCCAAUAGCAGGAUGGUAUACAAAGAUUCUUCAUUCUUUAUGGGACGGUGGGAUUUUCUUGAUAGGGGUACUACUAUGCUAUAUGAUGCUCCAGAAGAGACCGUUGUUCUUGGAAUAUUCCGCGAAGGAGUUUCUAGUGAUGCUUAUAUGGGGACAGGUUUCUUCGUUCAUAGUGGAGAGCAUGUGUAAUGGAGUCAUCUGGGAGUACCAAGUUCUGCCUUGGAACCCUGCCUAUUUAACUGUAGGAGGUGUGUCAUAUACUGUGAUACCACAAGCUGUAUGGCUCGUGGCACCAUUGGCAUUUUACAGCAUAUGGGUGCCAUUGUUCAGAAAGUUCGGUCAUGUGUACUACAAAUAGCACUAGACAUACUAGACAGUCACCUGGAAUU